AUGAAUAACCUUUUUUGUGUAAACGAUACCUAUAACAUGAUAAGACACCUCGGGAGUGGCUCAUUUGGACUGGUUUAUUUAGGAGUUUCCAAAGAUACCCAAGAAGAAGUCGCAAUAAAGCUUGAGCCUCUGUUCUGUGAGCAUGCUCAGCUUGAAAAUGAAAUUGAAGCCUUACGUGAUUGCGCAGGCAAAGGGAUCCCAUCAGUGAUUUGGAAUGGGUUUCAAAAUACAUAUAAAAUUCUCGUUAUGGAAAACUUAGGUAGUAAUUUAGAAAAUAUCGUCCAAAACAGUAGAAAAUUUUCCUUAACCCCUCCAUGAAUGAAUAAAACAUUUUGCUCCCACGAAGCAGGAUUAAUAUUUUUUAAUUUUAUAUGUCAAAUUUAGGUUUUAAAAUGCAAGCUGUUUAAAUUUAAACAGAAUCAUCAAGAGAUUUUUGUUAUAGCAAUUUCACUUAUAUAUAAAAUUUUUUCAUUAAAAAUUAUUGAUCGCUUACGGAGGUGGGUUUUUGAGCAAAAAUAAGGAUUUUUUCAAUGGUUUUGUUCGCUAACGGAGGGGUUUUUGAGCAAAAAUAAGGAUUUUUUCAAUGAUUUUGUUCGCUAACGGAGGGAGUUAGAGUCCGCUGUGGAAAUUAGUUCCCAAAUUUUGCAUAGGUUGGAACAUGUACAUAAAUGUGGCUAUAUUCAUAGGGAUAUUAAGCCAGAGAAUUUUAUGAUGGGCGCCAAGGAAAAUACGUCACGAGUCUAUAUGAUAGACUUUGGUCUAGCAAAAAAGUACAUUAAUAGUUAUCAGAAGCAUAUAGCUUAUAAGGAUGGGUUGAAUGUUAUGGGAACUCUUAGAUUUUUAUCUAUAAACACUCACCAUGGAAUAGAACAGUCCAGAAGGGACGAUUUGGAAUCUUUCGUAUAUCUUAUGAUAUACCUCAUAAAAGGCAAGCUUCCUUGGCAAAAAUUGAAUUGCAAAACCAAAGUAGAAAUGUUCCAAAGAGUAUGCCAGAUGAAAGAAAAUAUGCCUACAAGUGAUAUUUGCAAGGAUUGUCCAGGAGAAGUCAAAGAUAUGCUUGAUUAUGUAAAGGCGCUUAAAUUUGACGAAAAUCCUGACUAUUCAUUUUUGAGAAACUUACUCCCCCUUUUAUUAGUAACAAAAAUCUGUUCCAAUUAAAAAAGUAAAAAAUAUAAAUUUAGCUCAUUAUGCUUGAAUUUAAUUUAUUUUUAUAAGAAUUAAUUGAAAGAUUGAGCGUUUCAGCUGUUUAAUUAGUGUUCUACUUACACUUUCUCCAUUAAACUAGGCCAUAAAAAUUAGUAUUUUGCCUAUAAAGAUUUUGUUGAAAAAAAUUUGUUAUAUAUUGUUCCAAUUUCAAGUACGGAAUUUAGUGAGAAAUAUCAAAGGAAAUAUUAAACAAAAAUUAUCCAUAGAUAAAAGCAUGGGAUUACGGACAAAAAGUUUGCGGACAAUGAAUAGGAGGCAUUCAAAGAAAUCUACAAAGAAAGUAACAGCGAUAAUUUCAAUGACUUCAGAAGACAAAAAAUCGCCACUCGCCUUCGAUGAUGAGUCGACUUGCAGCCUACUUUUAUUGAAAUUUCUUUAUUAAUUUCCCAAUUUUUUCUAGUUUUUUAGAUAAAUAAGUACUUUCCACAAGAAUUUUGCAUAAUAUUUGCCAGCUUUUCGUAUAUAUUAACCCAAAAAUGGCCAGUUAUCACAGACAGAAAAAAGUUAAAAGCGCUCUUAGGAUUAAAAGAAGAAGCCAGAAAAUAA